AUGGAGGUUGUUGCACCUCCCACCGAUGGGCUCGCCGCCCCGCCUCCGCCGGAGCCGGAGAAGCAAAUGCCCACAAUCCUGUGCUGCAUGUGCUCUCUUCCCAUCCCGCCUAACCCGACGUCGAUGUGUGUCCUGUGCAUCAGGACACAGGUUGAUAUCACGGAGGGCAUUGCCACCAACCUCACCAUGCACCAGUGCCGCGGGUGCCAGCGCUACCUGAGGCCUGGGUGGGUGGAAUGCAAGCUCGAGUCUCGGGAGCUCAUGGCCGUGUGCUUGCGAAAGAUCAGUGGCUUGAAGAAGGUCAAGCUGGUCGACGCCUCCUGGAUCUGGACAGAGCCUCACAGCCGACGGCUCAAGGUCAAGCUCACGGUGCAGAAGGAAGUCGGCAACGGUGCGGUGCUGCAGCAGGCGAUGGUGGUGACGUUCGUGGUGCGGAACCAGCAGUGCGAUACCUGUGCGGCCGCGUUCACGGACAACACCUGGACGGCGGUGGUACAGGUCCGGCAGAGGGUGGACCACAAGAGGACCUUCUUCUACCUGGAGCAGCUCAUCCUCAAGCACAACGCGCACAGCCAGUGCACCAACAUUCAGACGUUCAAAGACGGCAUGGACUUCUACUUUACUGAGAAGAGCCACUCUGCGCGCUUCGUUGAUUUUUUGGAAGGGGUGGUCCCGACAAAGGUGAAGCACAGUAAGAAGCUGGUAUCGGCGGACAACCACUCCAACAUCUUCAACUUCCACUACACCUACCUUGUGACCUUGGUGCCAGUGUGCAAGGACGACCUGGUUCUGCUGCCGAAGCGCUUGGCAGAAUCCCUCGGCAACAUCUCGCGGCUGGCGGUCGCGCAGAGGAUAACGAGCGCGGUGCAAUUCGUCGAUCCCUUGACCGCGCAAACGGCCGACGUUACGGAAGAGAAGUACUGGCGGUACGAGUUCCCGUCGCUACUGAGCAGCACCCGCUUGGUCCCGUACGUGGUUCUCGGCACGGAGCCCCUUCCGGAGAAAGCGCGGCCCUCGGCACCCCGCCGGGGACACCGUAUCCGCAAGGCCCGCGUGGCAGAGGUGGAGUUGGCCCGAGAGUGCGACCUCGGGCGAAAUGACGACCGCGUCACCGCCGUCUCGCACCUGGGGCACAUCUUGAGGGCGGGCGACACGGUGCUAGCGUACGACGUUUCUUCCGCCAACCUCCCGGAGGGGGAGGCAACGGGGGACCUUAAGGGACGCCUGCCGGACGUCGUUCUCGUGCGAAAGGUGUACCCUCGGCAUGACAGGGAGGGGGGUGGGAAGGCGGACCGGCAUUGGAAGCUCGGGGAGUUGGAGAAGGACGGAGGCGACGGCGGGGGAGGGGGCGGGGUCAGCGAGAAGAGGGACGAGGCGGCCGCGGAGAAGGACUACGAGCGCUUCCUGCAGCAGCUCGAGAGCGACAAGGACAUGCGGCGGCAGGUCAACCUUUACAAGCAAGGCCUCGCUGCCAAGCCGGCGGCAGCUGAUGGGGACGGGGCGAUGGAGGACGUCGAAGAGAUGGAUGAGGAGGAGGUGCGGUUGGAUGAGCUGCUGGACGCGAUGACGCUUGACAACGCAAACGCCGGGCCGGACGGCGAGGAGGACCUGGGUGCCGCUAGCGCUAGCAUCUUCGAGGCGGGGGCGGCUCCGGCACCGAAUGCGGAAUUGUUGUUGGACGACGACCCGGAACUGUAAUGCGCUGUGGGGAAAAUGUGUUGGAUGUUUGUUGUCGGUGGCGUAAUUUUCGGGUGGUGUGGACGACGGAAUGUUAUCGUUUGCCUAGUGCAUGGCCCACUCAUACCCGGUAACGUUUUGAUGGCUUACCGUGGUGCCGACAAGCCGCGGCAUACGAGAAUGCUUUGAUGAACAUUUAGCCUUCUCAGGUCAUCGUGUUUCUGUUGACGUUUUGGGGGGCGGUUCUUCACCAUUCUGUGAACACAUUGAGUGAGUUGUUGGUGAACCUCUAGAUAAGCAUGACCUUGUUCCUAUCCCCCCCCAUUUGUA